CUAUGUGAUGAUUUUGAGCCACAGCUUUCCGACUUUGGACUUGCUAAAUGGGCAUCAACAACUUCGUCUCACAUAACAUGCAGUGAUGUCGCAGGAACUUUUGGUUACUUAGCUCCAGAAUAUUUCAUGUACGGCAAAGUUAAUUACAAGAUUGAUGUCUAUGCAUAUGGCGUGGUACUUCUUGAGCUUCUGUCAGGAAGAAAGCCCAUAACCAACGAUCGUCCAAAGGGCCAAGAGAGCCUGGUUAUGUGGGCAAAGCCAAUUCUGAAUUCUGGGAAGUUCGUCCAACUACUGGACCCGAAUUUGGGUAGUAAUUAUGAUCAAGAACAAGUGGAGAGGAUGGUUUUAGCUGCAGCACUCUGCAUCAGACGUGCACCCCGAGCUAGGCCCCACAUGACCCUGGUCAGUAUUAUGUAGAAAUCCCUAGUACUUGAUUAUACAUAGGUGCUUAAUCUUUAUGGUGUAACAGAAAUCUUACUGUCCCAAAAUGCA